AUGGAUAUCAAUCUUGGUGAAAUAUUUAUUCCAAAUGAUUAUACCUUAACUGAUUUUUAAUAUCAAGAUGUUCAAAUAUAACUUUAUUCACUCAAUAGUGGAUCAACUGAUUUCGAUCUUACUGGUUAAAUCAUUUGGCCUGCUUCCAUUGAAUUAACCAAAUUUAUUAUAGAUAACAAUCAAUUAUUUAAAGAAAAGAAUGUCCUUGAAUUAGGAGCUGGUGCAGGAUUAUGUGGCUUUGUUGCAGCAAAAUAUGCAAAAAAUGUAAUCAUUACAGAUGGUAACCAAAUUGUUUAAGAUCUCAUUACUAAAAAUAUUGAACAUCUCAAAUUAAAGAAUGUUUAAGGAUCAUUAUUCUAAUGGGGAUAUGAAAAUAGUAAACUAUUUAAAGAUAUUGAUAUUAUAAUUGGAGCUGAUAUUAUUUUUUGGCCUCAAUCUAUUAUACCACUAUAUGAGACUAUCAAAUAUUUCAAUGAAUAAAACUAAAAUAUCUAAAUAUUUGUGUCUGGCAUUAAAAGAUAUUAAUAAACAGAAGAUGAAAUUGAUAAUCUACUAACUUCAAUCAAAAGACCAAGAGUUUUAAUAAAAUAAAUAAAUGAUUAUAAAUAAAUUGUUUAUAUUUAUAAACUAUGA